AUGAAGACCACGACAAGCAACAUCCUCUCCAUCGCCAUUCUGGCGGCUGUCUCCGUCUCGGCACAGACCACGGCUACGACCACGGCGUCGUCGGGCACUUCGACCUGUGCUGCCCAGAGCAUUCUCGAUGCGUGCCUCGACACCACCGAGAGCUACGUGGCUCUGUGCCAGACCACGGAUUAUACCUGUCUCUGCGACAAGUACACUGCCAUCAUGACGUGCUUUGCCAACUGCCCCAACGAUAGCCGGUCGUCUUCCCUAGAGAGUCAGCGAGAGCUCUACUGCGCCAACGCAAGCGCCUUCGCGACCACGACCACAACCUCCGCCAAGACCGCAAGCAGCACCGACUCCAGCGCCACGCCGACGAACACCAAGGAAUCGGCCACGUCGUCUCACGCGGGUAGUGCCACCCGGACGUCCGCCGCCGCCGAAUCGCCCACCGGGGCCGCGGGUUCUCUGCAGCGCGGAACGGGACUUAUGGGCGCCGUGGCUGGUGUGGUUGCUGCUGCGCUAUUGUAA